CUAGGACCGCUAGGUGGUAGGAAGUAUGUUAACUUCCUCUUAUCGUUAUUUCACUCACUCAGCGAAAUAUAAAGCAGAAGUUCUAGGCAAAUUGGCAGUUCUAGUUUCUUCAGCAUAACCAUGGACAAUGACACUCUUACAGUUAAGUUUUACAAUCAAUGUGAUGCUGAUUUUUGGAAUGCAAUACCUGGAGAUCAGAGAUACAAGUGUUGGGGUGACAUUUGCACAACAUUGUCGCGACAAUGCUUAGUAAAUGAAAAAACAAAAAAGCUCAUAUAUGGGUUGUUAAGUGGAGAUACUUCUAGGCCUCUGGGUUGUGAUCAAGAUGUCAGGGAAAGAUCAGAGGACAGAAAAAGAAAAAAGAUUAGUGAAAGAUCUUUCAUGCUUUUAACAGCAAGGUUUGGUUCAACUCAACCACGUAAAGAUUCAUGUUACCUUGUACAACAGGUUCAAAAUUUAAGCAAUUCCAUUGUGAACUAUGAUGGAGAAACUCUUAGUUGGUUUGGUGGAGAAAUGACAAUGGAUGAAGCAGAAAAACGACUUGAAUUCAAACCAGAUGGAACAUACCUUGUUCGGUUUAGUGAAGGUUAUGCUGCUCAAGGUGGUUUCGCAUUCUCAGUUAAAGGGGUAGUUAAAAAGAAGCCUGCUGAAGGGGUAGUAAAAAAGAAGCCUGCUGAAGGAUCAUCAUCCCACAGCAUUUACCAUUACAGAAUUUUGGGUCAUCCUGAGACUGCAAGUAGUAGUAAUAAAUACGAUGCUCAACUGAGACUUGAUGUGGGUGGGGAAGAGCACGAACUAACAUAUCCGAAUAUAGUUGAUUUUGUUAAAAAUCGAAUUCAUGGCCAUACAUUUGAUGGUAUUCAGGCAGAGUUUGUUUGCCGUAACCUGAAGUUCAAUGAUAUAUUGGGUGGUAGAUAAUAAGAUUUUAUUAUUUCUUUAUUUCUCUUUUUAUUCUUUAAACAAGCCUUAAGUUUUCAAGUUUAGUAAUUUUCAUAUUAGUUUCUUAGAACCUUUUACAUGACUUUAUUUGUGAUUAUUCAUGAAACCACGUGUUACUUCCCUUAAUGUGAUUUAAAGGUUUACCAUUUUUACAUGACUUUAUAUGUGAUUAUUCAUGCAAUAACAUGUUACUUUCUUUAAUGUGAUUUUAUUCUGUUUACCCAAAAAAACUUUGCAGCUGUGCAGACAUCUAGG